AUGCACAAACAGGACAUCCAGAAACUUGCUGUACUGUGUUUUUCACAAAUUGAAGGGCUGGGCCAUCAGGAACUUGCGCGUCCAUCUCAGGGAGACCUGGCCUUAAGAGAUGACAGCAUUCGGCCUCAGGAGGAGCCUGUGAUUUGCCCUUGGUCUUCCAAGCUUAUGCCGCCUGUGGGGAUACAGCACAGUCAGGAGCUAAACAGAACCUGCUGCCUGAAUGGGGGAACCUGCAUGCUGGGGUCCUUUUGUGCCUGUCUGCCUUCCUUCUCUGGAUGGAACUGUGAGCAUGAUGUGCGCAAAAAGAAAUAUGGGUCUGUGCCCCAUGACACCUGGCUUCCCAAGAAGUCUUCCCUGUGUAAAUGCUGGCACGGCCAGCUCCGCUGCUUUCCUCAGACUUUCCUACCUGGCUGUGAUGGCCUUGUGAUGGAUGAGCACCUCAUGGCUUCCAGGACUCCAGAACUACCACCGUCUGCACCUACCCCUUUGAUGCUAACUGGCAUCUGCCUUUCUAUAGAAAGUUACUAUUCAUUGACAUUGACCUAUUUCCAGAAAUACGAUUUUAGAUAUCAGGCAAAUUUCAUGACCAGUAAAGGUUGUUGCUACAAUGUCCUGUCUGAAAUUCAGAUAUCAUUUGUUAGUUGCCUUAAAAUAAUGAAUACAUUUCCAAAAUGGUCUCUAGCAUUUCCUUACAGAACCAACUACUUCUUACCUCUUUGCCCCACCCUCCGCCAAAAAACUACUUCUUUUUGCAAAAGAAAGUCAGCCAUAUCUCCGUUGUGCCUAAGUCCAGUGUUUCUUGAUACAUGUAAUUCUACCAAGGUCUUCUUAAUAUGUUCUUUUAAACAAUUGAGUUAUCUCUUCAGAUUAUUAAAGACUAAUCCUAAUGUGGACCUUAGGAUACAGUUUUGAGUAGAGUUGAUCAAAAUCAAUUAAAAUAGUCUUUUUAAAAGGAAAUAAAGCCUCUUUAAGGGGAGGAACCAGAGUGCUAAAGGAAGGGAAGUACGUCUGCAUGUGUGCAGGGAGACUGGGUAGGAAAGAGGAAGCCAGUGGGGGAGAGCGGUUGGAGAACAUAAAAUGAGUUACUUGAUUGGUAAUUAGAUGGCUGUAGAGAAGCAAGUUAAAAGGCUAAAUGGAAGGGCAAGUUUCCAUCAUCUAUAGAAUGCUAUGUAAGGCAAGGACUCCCCUUUUGUUUCCAAAGGCAUUGUAAGAAGAAUGAAGUCUACUUAGAAAAAAAAUUAUACCUCAACGUCCGCAACAGGAUUGCAUAAUAAAUUGUUUCCUCCAAGCUAUGCAAUUCUUUUAACUGUUGUAUAAGAGAAAAUGUUCACAAUAUAUUUAGUUGUAAACCAAGUGAUAAAACUACAUAUUGUAAAGCUCAUUUUUAUAAUACAUUGCAUAUAUGUGUAUGCACAGUAAAAGUAGAACAUAAAAUAAAUAAAAAUAAACAAAUAUAAUGUAACUGGUCACUGACAACGUACCUGGUCACCAAGAGCUCUGGUGGAGAUAUACAAGGAGAUUAAUGUUAUUCUCAUGCCUAGUAACAUAACAUCCAUUCUGCAGCCUGCGGAUCCAGAAGUAAUUUCGAUUUUCAAGUCUUACUCUUUUUUCUUUUUUUGAGACAGGGUUUCACUGUGUUGGUCAGCCUGGUCUU